AUGGUUUCCCCAUUACGAACAGCCUUUACAAGGGCUGUACGCCAAUCUGCAUCUUCACCCUUUGUCGCCAGCCAACUCAGACAAUAUUCAUCUCAACGGCCACCAUCAGCGACUGGCACCUUUUACAAAACCUUCACCCGCCCCGUAGCCAAAACUGCUCUCCUCGCAGUCUUUGUCUACCAGCUCGUCUACUACGGCUGGACUAGGCUGGAGUCGGAUGAGAUCAAAGCCGACCGGCAGGGUGAGUAA